CACUUUGGGAACAGGUUUGGCGUCAAAGUCACGCCCUGGAACGCGCAUUCCUUCCGCACACCCAUUACCAUGACAGAUGCUCCACUGCAGUAAGGAUGAUACUGCAUCUCUAAACAUAUCGUUAAGGUCCGACUGGUGAUAGUUUGGAAAAACGAGAGAAGGUAACAUACUUGAAACCAUGAGGGACAGAUUGGAUCAUCUGCAGAACAUCUCAGAGUCCAGCAGUCAUGUGGACGAGAUGGAAUUGGAUUCUUUCAGCAAUGUGGACCUGGAAGAAGAUUUCCCCCAGCAGGCUGUCAUUUUUGACAGAAGCGAUAAGAUGGAUACUGUGCUGGAUCAGGCUCAAGAAACCAGGCGUGAGAUUCAUCUCAUCCGCCUUGAGGUUAAGCGUUUAAAGGAUCAAAACACACGAAUUCUUAGCGAACCAACUCGUACGACUCACGUAAAGCAUGAUGCCAACGUCAUCGUUGAUGGCAUCAAGACCCGUGGAGAAGACAUUCUAUCCCGCCUUCAGAAAAUGGAUGCCCAUGCCAAAGAGCUUGAAGAGGAACAUGGCGUGAACUCUGCUGUUGCGAGAGUCGCCCGGACGCAGUACGCCACCCUGAGCAACAACUUUCGUGAUGCAAUGACAGAAUACAACGAUGCAGAGAUGAGCCAUAAGGAGAACUGCAAGCUUCACAUUCAGCGACAAAUGGAGAUUGUGGGAAGAGAUGUUUCAGGUGAGCAGAUUGAGGAGAUGCUGGAGAAUGGUCAGUGGAAUAUCUUCACCGAUAAUGUUAUCUCAGAGGGUAAGACGGCUCGUUCUGCACUCAACCAGAUUGAAAGUAGACAUCGGGACCUGCUGGAGUUAGAAGGUCGACUCCAGAGUCUACAUGAAGUCUUUCUGGAUGUGGCUAUGCUUGUGGAAGAACAAGGACCCAUGACAGACUAUAUAUUAAACAAUGUUCAGAAAACUGAUGCUAUGAUUGGUGAAGUCCUUAUGAAACUGGGACAAGCCAAGAGACACGACAAUAACAACCCAUUCAAGAGAAUGUUCUGUGGAUGCUUUCCAUGUGCAAAAAACUGAGACUGCUAAUCAGCCACUAUAUGGAAAUGUGCCUUUGAGGUGCUGCUGUAUCUGCUGGAUAUUCUUUUUUUAUUUAUGUAAAAGAAAAGGACUACAGUCCUCCAAGACUUACUUUUUAACCAACCAUCCAGAUUGAAGAGAUUAUAAAUUCUUCAAUGCUGCUCAACCGUAACAGAGAACAGAAAUACACAAAAAUGGGAAACAUUCUUUACACGUAGCCUUAAAAUAAUAACUUGGAAUAACCGGUUACACUUUACAAUAAGCUUGUAUUUGUUAACAUUAGUUAAUUAACAUGUUGAAGUUAGCUAAUGCUAAUACUUUUUUAUAUUUAAUACAAAUAUUCAAUUGAAAAACUUAAAUUUUCCACAAGAAAAAUCUACCUUUAUUCUUUAAAUAACAACAUUUCUAUUUCUGUCAAUAUUCUGACCUGAAUGCACUUUUCUUGAAUAAGCCUUCUCUGGGGAUAUGAAGAAUUUGCCACAUUUUGCCAUAUUUGCAAUGCAAAGUUGACUUGCUACUUGACAUGUUUUUUUAAUCCAAAACCAUACUCAAUGUGAAUAUCUUAGCUCUUUUAAUUAAAUAAAAUCAGAUAAUUAAAUGAUCUAUCUAUUAUAUCUCUUAGGUCUAUUAUCUAUUAGUGGAUUAUCACAAAUGUUUGGUUUAUCACUACACUCCAAAUGAAAAUCCGUAAAAAAACAGACAAAGUACUGUGUAAAUAUGAAGGAAUUUUCCGUAUUUAUGUUUUACAGGCGUUUAUCCGUUUUUUUUAAAAAACAUGUUGCAUUAUGGGUGCAACAACUCCUGCUGCAAUCUUUCACUUUUGCCUCUCUAUCACCAUCUCUGUUUGAAACCUAAAAUUACAGCUUGCUUGCAGAGUUCUUUUCUAACAUGGAUGAUGUUUAACUUCUAAACAAAUGCUGUCAGAACAAGAUACAAGUGUUCAACUAUUCCAGCAUCCACACGUGUGAUUUAGUAGACAAAUCUUCUUUCUGACGUGACGUGUAAGUCAAAUAUAUAUUUAC